AUGGCACUUCUUGCCAAAAGUAAGCUGGGUUUUGUUGAUGGGUCACUUCCCGUUCCACAGGAGAAAGAUGAUAUUUCCAACUGGGAACGAUGUAAUGAUUUGGUUGGAAGUUGGAUUCUUAAUUCAGUCUCACCUGAGAUCUGUCCAAGCAUCAUGUAUGCUGAAACUAUAGCACAAAUUUGGACAGAUCUUAAGGAUCGUUUUUCUCAAUCAAAUGCUCUUAAGAUCUAUCAAUUGAAACAAUCAAUCUCUUCCCUCAAGCAAGAAGGUAUGUCCGUUUCAUUAUAUUUCACACAACUCAAAUCCUUAUGGGAAGAACUCAGUUCCAUUGUCUGCAUCACUCCAUGUAUUUGUGGUAAUGCUAAAAGCAGUAUUGAUCAACAAAAUCAAGAUCGUGCCAUGGAGUUUCUUCAAGGAUUCCAUGAUCGUUUUUCAGCAAUUCGCAGUCAAAUUCUCUUGAUGGAGCCGUUCCCUUCAAUUUAG